UGCAGUGGGAUUGGUGACCUGGCUAUCUGCAGCUCUUGGGAAAUUUUUGGGUUUAGAUUUGUAUACCUGAAUUCAUCCUCUCUUAUAUAGAAUAUUCCAUCUGGAAGAGGCCUAUGAUAAUCAUCUGUCUUGCACUGGGUUUCCGCUGCGCCCACGCCUCUGGUGGUCGCUGACACACUUGUUUUCUGAUAAAGAGGAAGGAAGAGCCACCGGCCGCUGUCCCGGGUGCUCGGUGACAGAGCGAGCCCGGGCAGGGAAGUGUUCCUGAUUUACCCCAGCCUGGGACAAGCAGGUUGCUCUGGCUGGAGAGGGAGCAGCUGUGAAGGAAGGAUGGGAAUGAUGCUGCGAGCAGCUGUGCUCCUGAGUUCCCUUCUCCACUGCAGCGCUUUUCUGGAGCUGAGCGGCCCCAGUGAGAUCAAAGGGGUCUGGAAGGAUUCUGUCACUCUGCCUUGUGCCUAUGUGCCUGUGGAGGAGCUCGUGCAGCAAACCCUCACCUGGACCGUGGUACACGACAAGGGCUCAGGCACCAUCUUCCGGAGGGAUGACUCCGGGGACCACAUCCUCCUGGCUGAGUACAGGGACAGAGUCAGCAUCCCAAAGAAUGCCCCAGGAAAUGUGUCUCUUCUCAUCCUGAGCCUGGAGAUCUCUGACAGAGGAACCUACACUUGCCAGGUCACCUGGAGAGACAGCAACAACAGCCUGAUAGCAAAGGAGAUCACCACCAGUUUGGAGGUGGUUAAAGAAAAACCUCAGACAGAGCUGGUGCCUGGAGGUACCUCGGGAACCUCCUGGACUCCAUGGGGCCCCACCACUACUGCAGAUCUGCCCAUAACAGCAACAACUUCUGAGAGUGGUGUGGGAUAUCCAGGGAAGAAUGAAACAAUUCGUGAUUCCCAGAGAACUGGCUUGUCCCUGUACCUGGUCAUCCUGAUUGCUGUGGUGUGUGGUGCUGUGGUUUUCCUUGUCAUCUCUCUUAUCAUGUGCAUGAGGAAGCCCAAAGAUGCUCAAGUCUAUGAUGUAAAACUCCACAACUUGAAAGCAGCAGCUUCUUCAAGCACAGGUCACUAUGAGGAACCCAUCUCUGCCACUGAAAACAGCUAUGUGAUGGAGCUUGGGGAAAACAAAGUCUCUGAAGAAGUAAAUAAGAAUGUGCCUGGUUGUGUUGCAAACCCCCAGGAAUCUGAGUAUGAAGUAGGGGACACUUCCUGAGAACCAACAAUGCUCUGCAGAUACCAGUCCUGAGGAGCACCUUCACCCACACAAAAUACAUAUUUAUUCUCCCUUUUUUCCCCUGAUACAUAGGUUGCACAAGCACUGGUUGCUCUCCCUUCAGAGUCCCUGCAGUGAAAAUGCAAGAACUUCAGUUACAGACUGCUGUAUAGAAUCUCUGAUUUUGUUUUUCUUGAUUCCCUUUCAUCACCUCUAUCCAAGAAAGCCCUUUGAAUGCUGCAGCAGGCAGGUCCCAGGCUAGGAGCACUGUACUGAACUUACUGCUGUAUCUGGCCAAAAGAGCCAGUGUUUCCAGCCUUUGGUGGGAGGAGAGCCAGCACUGAGGGCUGCUCAGCAUCCCCCUCCCCAUGGGUGAGCAGGGCAGGAUGUGGCUGGCUUGGGAAUCGAUGGUUCUUCUCCUGCCCACCUGAUGCUGCACAGAUUUAAUGGGAGAGAGAUUUUAUAGGAACACUGGAAGGCAGAUUAAAGCCAAGAGGAGCUCAGGAACUGCCGCACCAGGAGCAGCAGUGCAGGAAGCAGGAGUGUCCCCUGCUGUCCUUGUGCUGCCCUUGAUCCCCUGCACAGCCCUGCAGCGAGGUCUGGGCACACGGCCACAGCUCUGGCUGCUUCUGGUACUGCCAGCAGACACUUUCUUUCUGAGCUCGUGUUUUCUGCUCUCUCUUUAAAUGCAUGAUGGAUAUUUGAAAGGAAUUAGGUACUUUUCCAUAAGUUUGGGCAGGAUUGCUUACACGUGCCUCACAUAUUUCACUGUGUGCAUUUCUGCACAACUGGCUCAUUUUGGAAUGCCAGCAAGCCACUCGCAGCCCCUCACUAGAUACUAAAGACGUACUUUCCUCCCAGCGUAGAAGCCCUGAAGGGGUAAAUUAUGAAUAAUUUCUACUGCUCUGAGUAAAUCUAUUAUGCAGAGUUAUGGAGGAACCUUUUUAUAAUGAACAGGGCAGUCGUCUGUGUCCCAUUAAAGGCCAUGCAGGCAGAUGUAAAACAGAGGGAGUGACCCAAGGGAUGAGCAAAACAUUGGUUACACAGGCACAGGAUUAACAGGACCAGCUGUGCAUCUGCAGGCCUCUGAGCAUCAGUUCAAAACUCACCAGAAUUCAAAGGGAGUGUGAGGUGCUAAUGGAAAGGUAUUCCAGUCAAAAGCCAGGACUGUGCUACUGUGAAGCCCAUAGAAUGUCACUACCUUAUGUGUGCAUGUUGGCCUCAUCUUGGGUUUAGCAGAGCAAGGAAAGUUACUGAGAAUGAUUGUAAAGAGUAAUUGUUGGUACAAAAACACAUCUGU